CCAUCCGCCGCCCCCGCCGGCCGCCCGUCCACGCCCCGCUCCUCCUCCUGCGCCUGGAAGCUGCGAGGAUGGAGCGGCUCCUGCGAAGACCCCCGGCCGCCCUCCGCCGCCUCCCGCUCCUCCUUCUCCUCCUCCUGGGCGCAGCGGGCGCAGCCAGGCAGGGGCUGCAAGUACUAGACCUCCUGUCGGUGACGGAGCCCAGGCAUAUGGCCAAUGUGGCCGAGAAGAUCCGUACGGAGCUGCUGACCGUCAGUGACCUCUACCUGCUCUCCACCUUCCGACUGCCCCCCAAGCAAGGCGGGGUGUUGUUUGGGCUCUACUACAAAAAGGACAACAGCCGGUGGCUCGAAGCCACAGUCGUGGGCAAGACCAACAAAGUCCACCUCCGAUACCUGCGGGCCGACGGGAAGUUGCAUUCGGUGAACCUGCAGAACACCAACCUGGUCGACGGGCGCAGCCACACCGCCCUCUUGCGGGUGAGCGGCCUGCAAGGCAGCCGCCUCUCCGUGGAGCUUUAUGUGGACUGCAAGUUAGUGGACUCCAGCGCAGGGCAGCCCGAGAUGGCGCCCCUUGACCUGGAGCAGGUGGAAGCGGUGGAGGUUCGGACGGGACAGAAAGGCUACCUCCGCAUGCAGGGUUUCCUGGAGUCCCUGAAGCUGAUCCUGGGAGGCUCAAUGAGUCGUGUGGGAGCCUUGAGCGAAUGCCCCUUCCAGGGGGACGAAUCCAUGCAGAACACAGUAUCCAACGUGAUCAAUUCCCUAUUUGGGGAGCAAACCAGGGCCCUCGUGAAACAACUCACCCUUUUCAACCAGAUCUUGAUGGAACUUCAGGAGGACAUGAGAGACCAGGUGAAGGAGAUGUCUUUGAUCCGGAACACCAUCAUGGAAUGUCAGGUGUGCGGGUUUCAUGAACACCGCUCCCGCUGCAACCCAAAUCCUUGCUUCAGCGGCGUCGACUGCAUGGAGACCUACGAGUACCCGGGCUACCGUUGCGGACCUUGUCCUCCAGGCUUUGAAGGCAAUGGGACCCACUGCGCCGACAUCAACGAGUGUGCCCAUGCCAACCCCUGUUUCCCUGGAUCCAAAUGUCUCAACACGGCACCCGGUUUCCGCUGCGAACCCUGCCCGCCCGGCUACAAGGGGAACCUCAUAUCUGGAGUAGGGGCAGACUACGCCAAAGCCAGCAAACAGACUUGCACAGACAUUGACGAAUGCAAUGAUGGGAACAACGGCGGAUGUGACCCCAACGCCAUCUGCACCAAUACUGUGGGAUCCUACAAAUGUGGGCCUUGCAAGUCGGGUUUUGUGGGGAACCAGAACGGCAGCUGCGCCCCGCAGAAGACCUGCCAGAGCCCCAGCCACAACCCCUGCGACAUCAACGGAUACUGCCUCUUCGAACGCAACGGAGACGUUUCCUGCGCGUGCAGCGUGGGUUGGGCCGGGAACGGGAAUGUGUGCGGACGCGACACAGACAUUGAUGGCUACCCAGAUGAGCCUUUGCCCUGCAUUGAUAACAACAAGCACUGCUCCAAGGACAACUGCCGGCUUACGCCGAACUCGGGACAAGAGGAUGCUGACAACGAUGGCAUCGGGGACCAGUGUGACGACGACGCGGAUGGCGAUGGGAUCAAGAACGUGGAGGACAACUGCCGCCUCUUCCCCAAUAAAGACCAGCAGAAUUCAGACACGGAUUCCUUUGGGGAUGCUUGUGAUAACUGCCCCAACGUACCCAACAACGACCAGAAGGACACAGAUGGCAAUGGGGAGGGGGACGCUUGCGACAACGACAUUGACGGCGACGGAAUCCCCAAUGGGCUUGACAAUUGCCCCAAAGUGCCCAACCCGCUGCAGACGGAUCGCGACGAAGACGGUGUGGGAGACGCCUGUGACAGUUGUCCUGAGAUCAGCAACCCUACUCAGACAGAUGCGGACAGCGACCUGGUGGGUGACGUCUGCGACACUAACGUGGACAGUGAUGGGGACGGUCACCAGGACACGAAAGACAACUGCGCAGAGAUCCCCAACAGCUCCCAGCUCGAUUCAGACAACGACGGGCUGGGAGACGAGUGUGACAAUGACGACGACAACGACGGGAUCCCCGAUUACGUGCCCCCGGGCCCUGACAACUGCCGUCUCGUCCCUAAUCCCAACCAGAAGGAUUCUGAUGGCAAUGGCGUGGGGGACGUGUGCGAGGAGGACUUUGACAACGACACGGUGGCCGACCCGCUGGAUGUCUGCCCGGAGAGCUCCGAGGUGACGCUGACCGACUUCCGCGCGUACCAGACGGUCAUCCUGGAUCCCGAGGGCGACGCCCAGAUCGAUCCCAAUUGGGUGGUUCUCAAUCAGGGCAUGGAGAUUGUACAGACGAUGAACAGCGACCCAGGCUUGGCUGUCGGGUACACAGCCUUCAACGGGGUGGACUUUGAAGGCACCUUCCACGUCAACACCAUCACCGACGACGACUAUGCCGGCUUCAUCUUCGCCUACCAGGACAGCGCCAGUUUCUACGUGGUCAUGUGGAAGCAGACGGAGCAGACCUACUGGCAGGCCACGCCCUUCCGCGCCACGGCUGAGCCCAGCUUGCAGCUCAAAGCAGUGAAGUCUAGCACCGGUCCCGGAGAAUACCUGCGGAACGCCUUGUGGCACACGGGCCACACCCCUGACCACGUCCGCCUGCUCUGGAAGGACCCCCGCAACGUGGGCUGGAAGGACAAGACCUCUUACCGCUUGCGGCUCCUCCACCGGCCCCAAGUGGGCUACAUCAGGGUGCUGCUUUACGAGGGACCCCAGCUGGUGGCCGACUCGGGCGUCAUCAUCGACACGACGAUGCGAGGGGGCCGCUUGGGGGUGUUUUGCUUCUCCCAGGAGAACAUCAUCUGGUCCAACCUACAGUAUCGCUGCAACGAUACCAUCCCUGUGGACUUUGAGCCGUUCCGCCGGAUCUUACUGGAUGGGCCUUGAACUAAGGUCGUCAAAAGGGCUCAGCGGCCAUCCUAGGAGUGGGCAUCAUUUCAGACCCACACACACACACACACACACACACACACACAAACACACAAUGGACUGGAAAACUAGCAGACCUCACCCCAUAAGCUUCUGGAAACCCCCAGGAGUUUGCUGGCAGCAGUCUCUUCUGUGGGGUUAUCAAGAUUCCUUGGCCACAGGGACCAGCAAAGGAUUCUGGGCCAGCAAGGGCCCAGCCAAUCAGAGAGGGUGGCGAUGGAGCAAACUCCCACUGGCAUUACCUAUGUCCUGUCUUUUGCUGUCUUCAUUUUGGGAAACGAUUUGUCCAUAAAAGUUCUGGCUGUUUUUCUAA